GUUUACCUGUAGGAUGAAAUACGCCGGGUUAUGGUAAAACAUGAAACACACCUGGUUAAGGUAAGACAUCUUACCUGUGCCUGUCAACAGACCUAUGCAUGAUUGAUAAACAUAUCUUCAUUUUCUUUCAUUAUUCUCAGAUCAUCAAUACAACUCAAUCGAUGGCUUCCAUUGAUCACUAUAUAUGGAUGAAAUCUAAAUAGUGUGCAUUCAACUGAAAUGAUUGUAAACAAAUAAUACCGGGGUUAUACGCAUUUUGCGAUGAGCAAUUUAAGGAUAUAUAAUUCCAAAAGUGUUCAAGUGAAAUAAAGCGGAUUUUAGUAUGACCCUGGUAUUUAAUUAUUUAAAAAGAAGACGAAAACGACUAGUGUGUUUGGCAGUGAUCUCCGGCUUAAUCUUAUUCUGUAUUUGGAUUGGCACGAGUGAUGAAUCGGGGGAGCCAAAGUUGGAAGAUCCUACCGUGAUAACGCUUCCCUUGGACACCAAUGGAAAAUUUAACGUAGGUGAUGACAUCAUCCUAAGCGCCUAUAUGAACAGCGGUUCACGAUUCACGGGACGCUUGCUGGGUUUCCGUCCGGAUACGUUCUACUUCUACGAGCCGCUGUAUAAAUUUUCCGUCUGGGACUAUUUUGCUGGAAAGGAUAUGCGGUGUAGCACCGUUAUCGGUGAAUGCAGACGAACAAAAGUCGAUGACAUCAAUUUCUUUCGACCAAAUCCAUAUGAAAAUACUAAAGAAAAAAUUGUGAAGAAAAUUCCAAACUCCUUGAAGCCAACAGAACUUCUGUUAUCGGUUGUGUCCAAGAUACUGUCAUGUGACCUGGUGCCACUGAAAGAUGUCAUACAAGAUCGCGUUCAAGAGUUGUCAUCUUACGUCGGUCCCUCCUGGAAGACCUACAGAGACUGUCUCUCCCGAUUUAUUGGGAAGAGUGUCUGUCUGAGGGAUCUGCAGGAUGUGUGCAGACGAAGCACUGUCCGUUUCAUCAAACUCCUCCGCCUUACUCUCGGUUCUUUACAACCUCUUCUGGAGAACAAUGAGCAUCUGAAAGUUGUCCACCUAUUUCGAGAUCCACGCGCAAUCAUACAUUCCCGAAUGUACACUCGGUACUAUCCCACGAAUGAAAAGGAACAAGAAGCCGUAGCGAAAGGUUUAUGUGAUAAAAUGCUAAAAGACUAUUUCUCUGGAGUAAAACUUAUGAAGCAAUAUCCAGGAAGAGUGAUGUUCUUGUAUUAUGAAGACCUAUUAGAACAUCUGCAUGUGAGAUUAAAAGAACUGUAUUCACUCCUUAACAUUGAGUACAAUGCAACAUUAGUAGAUCAUCUAGCCGAAAUAAAUGUGAAUUUAGCUCCUGCAGAGAAGGGCAUCAGUUUCCGCUCAGAUCGGCAGGGGAACAAUUCAAUAUGGUGGCGAAAGUACAUGACCUGGGAUGACGUGGCGAGUGUGGAGGCGGUCUGCGGUACCGCCAUGCGCUACCUUGGCUACACUUCCUUCGACAGCGUCACCCAGCUACGAGAUCUCACUGUAAGCAGCUACCGUAUUCCACAAAUGUUUCAUUUGACCGACAUAAUAUCUGAAAGCUACUUUCAUGGAACUGUGGAAUACUAAAAGUUGUCUGUUGUAUUGAAUUAACUCUUUUAUUAGUGCAACGCACAAUAUUGAUCGUUACGUACACGUUGCGUUUUAGCAAUACAUUUGUGUACUAUAUUGUGUCAACUAUCGUUUCUUUUAUAAACCGUCCUUUUCAUACAAACGUUUCAAAGAAAGCCCCGUGUCAAAUAAAGACCACCCAUACGUGUGGCCCUCCGUGUUAUCCGAUCUGAUUUUUAACCGUCAUUAUAGCUUUGUUUAAUAAAACAGAAUGAUCGUUUUUUGUCACAAUUUGUCCAAUUACUGCCUUCAGCAUUUUUAAUCCACUCGGACUUUACAUGUCCCAAAUUAUGAUAAAAAAGACAAUUAGUUCAUAACGUAUAACAAUCGUAACAACUUGGGCAUCUCCAGCAAGCUUCGAGAUUUUCAGUCGAUAAUGUUGGAUAGUGGCCGAGGUGUUCCGAUUGAACGUGCAUUCCAGCACGAUUGCCGUAGCAUGGCAGGCUUUACACGACAUCGCUAUAAUGUUUCCUUAAUUAACAAAUACAAUGUAUUUGUGCAAACAUAUUUUAAGUUUUGCUGUUAUUUGUAUGUUUUAUAUUGCUUACUCGUGUAAAUUUAUGUUUAUGCAUUGUGUGUUUUGUUUGUGAAACGGAUGCCCAGAUGGGCCUAGUUUUUGAAUAAAACUGAAACUGAG